AUGGCAAUCUUUGGUUGGACUUAUCCCUCCCCACCCCCGGCGGGCUUCUGGAGUCCAAGGACUUCGACAAUGAACUUCUGCGAGCUUGAUUAUAUCGUUACACCAUACAUCGCAGAGUUUGUCAAUACAAUGUCAAACCUUGCGUAUUUAUAUCUCGCGUGGAGGGGCCUGUUCUGCUCUGAACGACGGGCAGGGGACUACGCGAUUCUCUUAAGCUAUAUGCAGCUGGCAGGAGUGGGUGUCGGAUCCAUAGCCUUCCACUCUACACUGAAGUUCCCGGCCCAGAUAGUUGAUGAAAUGGCAAUGCUAUAUGCUACUGCCACCGUCAUUUACGCCGUAUUCGCAUUUAGAUUGAGGCCGCUGGUUCAGCUGAUGCUUGGCCUCUCCUUUUUUACCGGCUCACUGGUUAUUACUAUUCUCCACAUCCAGCAGGAGAACUCUUUGGCCCAUCGCGUUUGCUUUGCCCUUAUGGUCAUCGUGGUGGCCGCGCGAUGUACCUGGUUGUUACGUGGUGUCGGAAAUGCAGCCAUUCGAUCAGAAAUGAAACGCCUUGCUCUCGUAGGAUCAGUUACGUUCUUGGCCGGCUUUCUUCUGUGGUUGAUUGAUGUUUUUUCGUGCGACGACCUUCGAGGCAUUCGUCAAAUUUUGGGAAUGCCCUUAGGAAUGCUGUUGGAACUCCAUAGCUGGUGGCAUAUUCUUACUGCAUUCGGGGUAUAUUACUAUCUCAUUUUUGUCGAAUACAUUCGUUUACAGAGCGGCGUGAUGGAUCGAGGGGCCGUUGUCAGGCUUUCGCGAGACUAUUUUUUGAUACCUCGUCUUGUUGCUCUUCCCGAAAAGCAGGAGUGAAACGAUUGAAGAUCGUAGAAUGACUGUUUUUUUUUUCUUUCGCUGGGUUAUGGCCCCCGAUUACGUCUUGGAAUACAUAGAUUGCCUUUGUGUACGGAGUAUUUGACAUCU